GCCUUCCUCCUUCGUACAUGUCCUUUGCUCUCUGCUUCGUUUAAAUUAGACAUUAUCUUCUUUGUACAUGUUCUUUGCAGACGACUCAGUCUACUCGAGCUCUGUCUGAUAAGGCAAAUCAGAGAACCCUGAAGAAAGCAAAUCAGUGCCUGAUCCAUCUUGCCAUCUCCUUUGCUCGAGUGCGUCAGGGAGGGUUAUGGGGAUGCCACCCAAGUUUAUCUAAAGGAACAACUUUAACAACUCCAUAAUCCAAAAGCUUUUCGGUUCCCAAUCCUUUUCUGGGCAGCCAAUCCAUAAAAGCAUGCACCAUGACGAACAGUGAUGCAAAGUGACACGAUUUAGCAACAACAUUCACUACUGGGGAAGUAGGAGAUAGAUAAAGUGUUUGUCACACUUGUUUUUAUCUUGAACAGGAAAACGCAAAGUGUGUCUGAUUGAUCUGACGCCCUGUAACACAGGUCAGUUGCGUAAGAUAUAUGGAGCCACCAUCUGCUUCCUGAUUAGUCCUGAUCUCUGCCAUGGCUCUGGAAAUGAAGAGCUCCUCAGGCCUUAGCAAAUCAUGCAUACUCAUAAUUGUGGUGGCGAGCGUGGAGAGAUUUGCUUACAAAGGAGUGGCCUCCAACCUGCUGAGCUAUCUCACUCACCAUGUGAAGAUGAGCACCUCUUCGGCUGCCAAGAGCGUCAGCACUUGGAGUGGAGUCACUUCCAUGCUUCCUCUCGCCAGUGCCAUCCUCGCUGAUUCCUACUGGGAUCGUUACUCCACCAUUACAGUCUCUUCCUUGCUCUACAUCAUGGGAUUCGUGGGGUUGACCUCGUGGGCGUUGCUGUGCGCAUGGAUGCCGACUUCAUCUCUGUUCCUUCCGCUCUACUUGAUUUCCUUAGGUCAAGGAGGAUACAACCCUUCGUUGCAAGCGUUCGGAGCCGAUCAGUUGGACACAGAUGACGAGAGGAGCAACAAGAAGAGCUUGUUCUUCCAGUGGUGGUACUUCGGCAUCUGCAGCGGCAGCCUCUUGGGCAACUCCAUCAUGUCCUACAUCCAAGACACUUUUGGUUGGGGACUGGGGUUCGCCAUCCCUACCUGUGCCAUGGCCGUCUCGGUGGCUUGCUUCCUCUGCUCGUCCCGGGUUUACGUCCACAAGAUCCCCGAUCGGCCUUAUAAAUUCAGGUCGAAAAGCCUCAUCGGUUUGGAAAAUGAUGCUGAAGAACUCGAGUUACAAGCGAAACCUCUUGGCUCGGCGUCUGAUUGCACCGGCGGCGACGUCGCCGAUGAACCGCCUGGCGUGGCUAAAACAAUUCUCAGACUCCUGCCAAUCUGGACGAUGCUCCUCACGUUCGCAGUGAUCUUCCAGCAGCCGCUCACCUUCUUCACGAAGCAAGGCAUGAUGAUGAAACACAGCGUCGGACAGCGACGAACAAUCGUGAUCCCUCCGGCGAUGCUGCAGAGCGCCAUCACCAUGUCCAUCAUCCUCAUCAUGCCUCUCUACGACAAGCUCAUAAUCCCCUUCCUCCACCUCCUCACCGGAAAAGAGAAGGGAAUCACUGUGCUCCAGAGGAUCGGCAUUGGGAUGUGUCUCUCCGUCAUCGCCAUGGUCGUCGCCGCCGUCGUCGAAUCGAAACGGAUCCGAAUUCUGCAAAGUGGAGGAAUGCUCCUGCCACACGAUCAGCCGCUUCAGCUUGAAUCUCAGCUGAGCAUCUUUUGGCUGUUGCCGCAGUACAUUCUCCUGGGAAUUUCCGACGUGUUCACCGUCGUGGGGAUGCAGGAGUUCUUCUACAUGGAGGUGCCGGCGACGAUGCGGACGAUCGGAAUUGCGCUGUACCUCAGCGUUUUCGGAUUCGGAAGCUUCUUGAGUGCUCUUCUGAUAUCAGUUCUGGAAUUUUUCAGUAAAUCAAAUGGGAAGAACCAAAGCUGGUUCUCCGAUGAUAUCAGGGAAGCAAGGCUCGACAGCUACUACUGGUUCUUAGCUUCGUUGAGCGCCAUUAGCUUUCUUGCGUUUGCAUACUUGUGUAGACACUACAACAAUAUGAAUUAAUUCUUC